CGGUUGUCUCGCUGUGCCGCGCUGCCUUCCGUCACAGGGCUGUUCCACGCGGACGGAGUGUGCUCUGCUGCGCGCGCGCUUCACAAGAUCUGCUCCGGCAAAGGUGCAGCCGAAGCCGAUCGGAAAGGCGCUGAGGGAUCCGGUUCGGCUCAGGUGACAAGAACGGAUGAAGGUGUCGGUGCGAGUACGCGGCGAGUGGCUCGCCGUGCCAUGCCGCGACGGCCGUCAGACUGUGCGCUGGCUGGGCGAGGAGGCACUGCGUCGCUACUUGAAGCUCAAGCCAUCAUCCUUCAUGGACGGCCGCACCGAAAAGGUCUACCAGGUUCGCAAGACACGCGGCGGCGCUAUUAUCGACGGAGACGACGUCAUCAAGAAUGUCCUUGACGACAAUGAGUUCCUCUCUGUCGUUCUAGAGACGGACCGACCUUCACCAGUUACGGGCCCUGCGGAAAUAACUUACGUCCCGGAGCAAGUCCCUGGCAAGUUCAAGCCACCAACACAGAUGAUCACUAUAGAUGGAAACAACCUCACUCCCGGAGUCCUUCUUGAACUUGGCAAGGGAAAUUACAAGAUUCAGCUGAGCAGCGACUCCAUCGAAAGAGUCAGAAUGGCCAGAGAAAUGCUGGAGGCAAUUCUCAAAGAAAAUAAAGUUGCAUACGGAAUAAACACGGGCUUUGGAAAAUUUGCCCGAGUAGUUAUCCCUGACGACAGCCUCAAGGAGCUGCAAGAAAACUUAGUUCGGUCACAUGCAGCAGGGGUGGGCAACCCUUUGUCUCCGGAGAAGACGCGUAUGCUGCUCGCCCUUCGCAUCAACGUCCUCUCCAAGGGAUACAGUGGCGUAUCCUUGGAAUGUCUGCAGCAACUUGUGGACGCCUUUAAUGCCUCCUGUCUUUCGUGGGUGCCUGAGCAAGGCACUGUUGGCGCCAGCGGUGACCUAGCGCCCUUGGCUCACCUGGCACUCGGCUUGAUCGGCGAGGGAAAGAUGUGGAGCCCCGAGACAGGCUGGGGCGACGCACAAUACGUGCUAGAAUCGCACAAGCUGAAGCCGAUUACACUCAAGCCGAAGGAAGGUCUUUGUCUUCUGAAUGGCACUCAACUAAUCACAUCUAUUGGUGCUGAAGCCGUGCAGCGCGCCACCAUACUGAGCCAGCAAGCGGAUGUGGUGGCGGCGUUGACAUUGGAAGUCCUCAAAGGAACAACCCGCGCGUUUGAAAGCGACAUUCAGAAGAUUCGGCCACACUGGGGCCAAGGCCUCGUCGCCAAGAGGCUGCGCGCCCUUCUCCACUCCGACACAUUUCCCUCUGAAAUUGCUGAAAGCCACCGGUUCUGUCAUCGUGUGCAGGAUGCCUACACGCUGCGUUGUUGCCCGCAGGUACAUGGCAUUGUCCAUGACACUAUCGACUUUGUCCGCGGCAUCAUCACUACUGAAAUGAACAGCGCCACGGACAACCCCCUGGUGUUCUGCGAACGAGGAGAGAUCAUCUCUGGCGGCAACUUUCACGGCGAGUACCCGGCCAAGGCGCUGGACUAUCUGGCCAUCGGCGUGCACGAGUUGGGUAGCAUGAGCGAGCGGCGCACCGAGAGGCUCAUCAACCCAGCCUACAGCGAGCUGCCGGCCUUCCUGGUCGCGGACGGUGGCCUCAACUCGGGCUUCAUGAUCGCUCACUGCACGGCGGCCGCGCUAGUCUCUGAGAACAAGGCGCUUAGCCACCCUGCCUCAGUGGACUCUGUGCCUACGAGUGCUGGCACCGAAGACCAUGUGUCCAUGGGCGGUUUUGCGGCGCGCAAGGCACUCCAGGUGGUACAGAACGUGGAACGCAUCAUCGCCAUCGAGCUGCUGUGCGCGUGCCAGGCCAUCGAGUUCCUGCGGCCACUUAAGACCACUGCCCCCCUGGAGGCCGUCUACAAGCUAGUCCGUAUGUUUGUUAAACCCUGGGACAAGGACCGAGUGAUGGCGCCCGACAUAGACGCGGCCACGGACCUGCUGAAACAGUCGCGUGUUUGGGACAUUGUCAAGCCACACAUGGACCACUACUUCACAGUGCAGGAGGAGGAGACACGAAUGCCUUCCCCGACGACAUCUGAAAUCAGUGUGGCAAGCUCGAGCAAGAAACGCAGGGUGGACAACAACGACUACUGAAUGGCAGGCUAUUCUGGCUCAUGAAAUGCUAAUUAGAAAACCAUGUUGCUUUCAGUUACAGUCGCAAAAUAUGGUUGUGUGCGUAUUAAAAUGAGGGAGUGAUCUUA